AUGCGAGCCUGCAUUGGUCGGGGCUUUGCUGAGCAGGAGAUGCUCAUCAACACUGCCUUGGUCUUUCAAAAAUUCCAGCUUGAGUUCGCCGAUCCUUCUUACGAACUAGCGGUUGUGUCGACACUCACAAUCAAGCCGAAAACCUUCAAAACGAAAGUUCGGCGCCGCCAUGGAAAAGGACUCCUUACGGGAGUCCCUGGUGGGAGCAAUGCAGGAGACAUUGAGGAACGGAUGGAGAAAGCAGGCGCAAAGUCCAUUGCAGCUAAGAACUCACGAUCUGCGAUCACCAUUGUAUUUGGUGGUAAUACCGGAACAUGUGAGGGAUUCGCUUUGGAAUUUGAGCGGCAAGCGUCAGAACUUGGCUAUCUACCCACCAUUAUGCACAUGGAUGCAGCGACUGAGAACCUACCCACGGAUCAGCCAGUCAUCAUUGUGACUGCGUCGUAUGAGGGUCAGCCGCCAGACAAUUCAAAGAAGUUCGUUGCUUGGCUAGAACUCAUUCAGCAAGAAAACAAGUUGGAUGGAGUCAAGUAUACAGUUUUCGGAGUAGGGAACUCAGACUGGGCUAGAACUUACCAACGGAUCCCCAAGCUUGUGGAUGAGAGAAUGGCUCAACUUGGGGCUUUGUGCAUACUGGAGGCAGGAUUUGCUGAUGUCAAAACCAAUAUCCUUGGACCUUGGGAAGAAUGGUCUGAAACUCUCCUGCAGAAGCUGGCAUCAUCCGAUGACAGGGCUCUUGAUGAACGGCCACUCAUUUCCGUCUCAAUCGUCCCCCGCAAACGAUCUCAAACAAGUGGCGGUCAAGAAUUGGCAGUUUGUCGGGUCAGACAUAUGGACAUAUGCCUCCUAGAAGGACAGUCUUACCAAGCUGGAGAUUAUCUCGUGGUGCAGCCGAGAAAUCCACAGUCAGGUGUUCGUCGGGUACUCAAAUACUUUGGCAUCUGCGAAGACGACAUCAUGCACGUCCAAGGGCCCAAGAAGAAGUUUAUGCCUACGGAGCCGAUGCCGGUCAUGCAAUUUCUUGAGAGUACGGUCGAGUUGAAUACUCCAAUCACAAAGCGCCAGCUGGUGAUUCUCGCAGCGAGCGCCAAUGGAGACUCAAAAGUGCAGCUUCAAAGUUUAACAGUCGAGCAUGCAUACAACGAUCUACUUCAGAAGCGCUACAGUAUUAUCGAUGUGCUUGAAGACCAUCCUACAGACCUUGAUUUUGGUACCUAUAUUGAUAUGCUUCAACCACUCACUCCUCGCCAAUACUCCAUCUCCUCGUCCCCCCUUCAUCCUCGCAACGGCUUCUCCGGUUCCAACGUCGCCUCUAUAACUUUUGAUGUACACGAAUCGCCGUCCAUCUCUGGCCACGGCAUGUUUUAUGGCGUCGCAUCCACCUACAUGGCUUCGCGCAGCGCCGGCGAUUACAUUGACUGCUACGUGCACCCCACCAACAUCAAUUUCCGGCUUCCUACAAGUCCGGAUGUUCCCAUCCUGAUGGCUGCAGGAACUGGAAUAGCUCCAAUGCGCGCUUUCCUGCAGGAACGUGCCAGUAUCGCCGAGACUGGCGUGAAGAAGCUUGCCCCGGCAAUUCUCUUUUAUGGAUGCCGCGACCCAAACAAUGACUUCCUCUACCACGACGAGUUGCGGUCCUGGGAGGACAUGGAGAUCGUCACGGUCAAGUCGGCCUUUAGCAGACCGCUCGAUGUUCCGCUCCACGAUAUGUCCAAGAUGUCAUUUGGGAAAAUCGGGAAGAAGUUGCGCGCCUCUUCCGCUCUGGGGGUAAAAUAUUCUUGUGUGGUAGUGCGGCACGGCUGGGGAAAGGUGUAG